ACAAUAUUUUUGUUCUCUUCUUUCUAUCUAAAGCCUAAACCCGCUUCGUUUGGUUUCCAUGAAAACGUGGGAAAAUAAAAAAGAUUGAAAAUUUGAAACUUUGAGUCUUGGGGCUGAAACCAUCUUGAAUUAAAAUAAGAUAAAAACUCUAACCAGAGCAAUCCAAAAUUGCUUUAUUAAGAGUUUGGGAGAGAGGAGGGUUCUGAUUUCUAGUGGUUUUACCUUGAUUUUCUCAGCCACAUUUAUUCAAACACCAUGCUCUGAGAAAACCCAUGUCAGCUUCAUAAUGGACUGGAAGCCUGUCUAAAUCUGUUCUGGGAGGAUAAUGGAAAGCCCAUCUAAUCAAGCUUUUGAUUCAGAUGAGAGUGAAAAAUGUUUGCAAAUUGAAAGCUUCGUUGAGCAUGAAUUUGCUGAUUAUGAUCUUUCAAAGGAUGUUGAUGCUUGUAUAGGUGAAAUUGAUAAGAUAGUAGAACAACCAAAUGAAAGUUUUCCGUUAAUAGGCAAUGUGUUAGAACCAUACAUAGGCAUGGAGUUCAAGUCAAGAGAUGAUGCUCGAGAAUUUUAUAUUGCUUAUGGUAGGCGUAUUGGGUUUACGGUACGAAUUCAUCAUAAUCGGCGCUCACGAAUGAAUAACGUGGUUAUUGGUCAAGAUUUUGUUUGUUCAAAAGAAGGUUUUCGUGAAAAGAAGUAUGUGUACAGGAAAGAUAGAGUUCUUCCUUCACCUCCUCUCACCAGAGAAGGUUGUCCUGCAAUGCUGAGGCUAGCUUUAAGAGAUGGAGAAAAGUGGAUUGUUACCAAAUUUAUACAAGAACACAAUCAUACAUUAUUAUCUCCGAGUAAAGUUCCAUGGAGAGGAUCUGGGAAAAGUAUGAUAAGUGAGGAUGAGAAGGAUCAAAGAAUUCGAGAGCUGGCCAUUGAACUUAGCAAUGAGAGACAACGAUGUAAACGUCGCUGUGCUGCUUACCAAGAACAGUUACAUAUGGUGUUGAAAUAUAUUGAGGAGCACACUGACCACAUGUCAAGAAGAGUUCAAGAUAUAGUUCAGAAUGUAAGGGAACUUGAGGAGGAGGAGCAGCAGGACUCUGAUUUAUAAUAGGAUUUAGAACUUGAACAUUUUUCUCUUUUUUGACUUCAUUGGACCCUUGAUAUCACUAAUUAACAGGAAUUACUUUAGGCCAUUCUGUGUAGGUUUGAUGGACACUUAUGAAGGAUGAAUGGUGUCCAUUUAUUGAUGGUUCCUCUCUACUAACAGGAAUCACGCUGCAAAUUGCAUGGAGAAAUAAUAUAUUGUGAUCUAUAACAUUACUGCAGUUUGCUAUUGAUUGUAUUCAUGGAAAAGAAUCUCGACUCUCAACUCUCGAAGUGCAAUUUCCAUGGUAGCCACUAAGUUACUCUA